AUGCCGCGGGCGCUGCGUUCAACGGUGUCGUGGACGACCGCGGUCGCUCGGCGCGCGAUCGCUCGGCGACGGGCGAGCGGGCGCGCGGCGUCGACGGCGACGACGCGCGAGGCCCAACGCGUGCUCGUGCUCACGGGACCGACGGGGGUGGGAAAGUCGUCGGUGGCGAUCGAGAUCGCGUCGAGGGCGACGCGCGGACGGUUUGAAAUCGUGUCGUGCGAUUCGGUGCAGAUAUAUAAGGGCUUGGACGUGGGCUCGGGGAAGGUGACGAGGGAACAACGCGGGCGAGCGACGCAUCACAUGUUGGACGAGCGAGACGCGAGAGUCGAGAGCGAGGAGUACGAUGCCGCGGCGUAUUACGACGAUUGCGUGCGAACGCUGCGAGAGAUUCGCGACAGAGGGAACGUCGCGAUCGUCGUCGGGGGGGCGGGGAUGUAUCUGAAGUGGCUCACGGAUGGGAAGCCCACGGCGCCGGCGUCGACGAGCGAAACGCGCGAGCGAGCCGCGCGAGAGAUCGGCGAGGCGCGAGAACGCGGAGGUUGGCGCGCCGCGUGCGACGCACUUGUGGGUUUGGGUGAUGAAGACACCGCGAGAGGACUGAGCGAGAACGAUUGGUAUCGUUUGACGCGCGCGUAUGAAAUUCUUCUGGCGAGUGGGCGAACGGUGUCAUCGUAUGACCGCGCAUCGCCCGACGAGCGUUUCGAUUUUAGAUGUUUCUUUCUCUCGGCGCCGAGAGUGGAGCUGUAUCGUAAAAUCGAUGAGAGGGUAGAAAAUAUGAUAUUAAACGGGAUCAUGGACGAAGCGGCGUGGUUAUUAGACGCUGGAAUCGCACCCGGUGGGAACGUUGCCGCGAGGGCCAUCGGUUACCGCCAAGCGAUGGAGUACUUAGCAAAGGCGCGGGCGAAGGAUAUAGACGUGAGCGCGGACACGCUGUUGGAACUCCUGAAAGAGAUUCAAGGCCUCAAUCGCGCGUACGCAAAAAGGCAAUUUACAUGGUUCCGGGGCGAAUCAAAGUACUUGUGGAUCGACGCUUCGAGCUCGUGCGAAGACAUCGCUCGUCGCGUGUUGACCGAGUUCGAGUGCGAUGAGCACCACGCGGGGGGCGAGCAAAUGGCGGACGUCUCGAAAGAAGAACUCGAAGUGCUGAAGCGAUACAGGCCGCAUUUGUCUGUUCUGAGCGAUGCGAGCGCCAUGGAGCGCGUGUUAGAUAGAAUUAGAGCGCUAAUUUAG